GUUUCCUUCACUAGUCAAGAGGUAGUCGAAAAAGCCUUGUACUUUCUCAGCUUUCCUCGUGCUUUUACCCAUAAAGCAACCAGGUCCAAAAUAGACAAACAUCCCUCUCUCAGAAAGCCCCCAACCCUCAGCUACCAAGCGACAGCCAGCCAUGUCCAGCUCAACUUCAGCUCUUCCAACCUUGUUGUCCUUUUUCAUCCUCGUCUCCGCCAUCGCCGUCGUCACCGCCACCGACCACAUCGUCGGCGCCAACAAAGGAUGGAACCCAGGCGUCAACUACACUGUCUGGGCUAACAACCAUACCUUCUAUGUUGGAGAUCUCAUAUCGUUUAGGUACCAGAAGAACCAGUACAAUGUGUUCGAAGUGAACCAGACGGGUUACGACAACUGCACUACGGAAGGCGCUGUGGGGAAUUGGAGCAGUGGGAAGGAUUUCAUUCCUCUGGAUAAGGCCAAGAGGUUUUACUUCAUCUGCGGCAACGGCCAGUGCUUCAAUGGGAUGAAAGUCUCUGUGGUUGUUCACCCUCUGCCGCCUCCCCCCUCCGGCAGCCUUGGCCUGAACCAGACGCAUUCUGCUGCUGCUCCUCCUCCGGCGGCUCUGGGUUUUGUGGGUUUGACUCUCAGACAGGCCUUGGUUAUGGGAUUUGCUUCCCUCUGGUUUGGAUCUGGUUGGAUCUAGCUGUUGAGCCAGAGUAGGACACUCUGUAGUUCCUUCCAAAGUGGCAUGGACUAUUGUUCUUUUAUUGUUAUCUUUUCCAGUUACCUCUUCGGUUUGGGUACCUUGCGAUUCAAUCCAAGCGAAAGAGCAAAAUGUAGGAUUGAAUUGAUUGGUAUUUGUGUUCUCUGUGAGACUUCGACUCGCAAUUAAACAAAGAACUUGAGAUUGAUUUGCCA